AUGGUUCUUGCAGCUCGUUGUGGGCAGGCGGCCUCCCUGCUGCGCCAGCGAUGCCUCGCUGAGGCUCGCCCGGCCCUGUCGCUCCGCUCCUUCACCUCCCAGACCUCCGUCCGCUCUGUGGCCUCGACCCUGCGCCCGCAGAAGCUGCCUUCUGCCGCUCGCUCCCAGCAGCUGCGCUCCUUCUCCAGCUCGCUUCGCCGUCUCGCCGAGGCCCAGAAGGCUCCUGCCGCAGAGUCCUACCUCGCCAGCGGUGUCGUGAAGCCCGGCAGCAACCUCGUCGACGUCAAGAAGGUCUUGGUCAUCGGUUCCGGUGGUCUGAGCAUUGGUCAGGCCGGCGAGUUCGAUUACUCCGGUUCUCAGGCUCUGAAGGCUCUGAAGGAGGCCAAUGUCCAGUCGGUCCUCAUCAAUCCCAACAUCGCGACUAUCCAGACCGACCACAAGCUGGCUGAUGAGGUCUACUACCUCCCCGUUACCCCCGAAUAUGUCACCCACGUCAUUGAGCGGGAGCGCCCCGACGGUAUCCUGCUCACCUUCGGUGGUCAGACCGGUCUGAACCUAGGUGUCCAGAUGAACCGCAUGGGUAUCUUUGAGCGCUACGGUGUCAAGGUUCUGGGAACCAGCAUCCAGACCUUGGAGACCAGUGAGGACCGUGACCUGUUCUCUCAGGCUCUGAAGGAGAUUGAUAUUCCCAUUGCGGAGUCCAUUGCUGUUGGCACCGUUGACGACGCUCUGAAGGCCGCCGAGGAGGUCGGCUACCCCAUCAUUGUUCGCUCUGCCUACGCUCUGGGUGGUCUCGGAUCCGGCUUCGCUAGCAACGCCGAUGAGCUUCGCGACCUGUCCUCCCGCUCUCUGUCCCUCGCACCCCAGAUCCUGGUCGAGAAGUCCCUAAAGGGCUGGAAGGAGGUUGAGUACGAGGUCGUCCGUGAUGCCUCCAACAACUGUAUCACCGUUUGCAACAUGGAGAAUUUCGACCCUCUCGGUGUUCACACUGGUGAUUCUAUCGUUGUUGCCCCCAGUCAGACUCUAUCUGAUGAGGAGUACCACAUGCUCCGUACCGCGGCUAUCAAGAUUGUUCGUCACCUUGGUGUCGUCGGCGAGUGUAACGUGCAGUACGCUCUGCAACCUGAUGGUCUCGACUACCGUGUCAUUGAGGUUAACGCUCGACUCUCUCGCUCGUCUGCCCUGGCUUCUAAGGCUACUGGCUACCCCCUGGCCUACACUGCUGCCAAGAUCGGUCUCGGUCACACUCUGCCCGAGCUCCCCAAUGCUGUCACUAAGACUACCACUGCCAACUUCGAGCCCAGUCUGGACUACAUUGUCACCAAGAUUCCCCGUUGGGACUUGAGCAAGUUCCAGCACGUUAACCGCGACAUUGGCUCUGCCAUGAAGUCUGUUGGUGAGGUCAUGGCUAUUGGCCGUACUUUCGAGGAGUCUCUCCAGAAGGCUAUCCGCCAGGUCGACCCUAAGUACAUUGGUCUCCAGGGUGACCACUUUGAGGACCUCGACGAUGUUCUGAAGAACCCUACUGACCGCCGCUGGUUGGCCGUCGGCCAGGCCAUGCUCCACGAGGGCUACUCUGUGGACAAGGUCCACGAGCUGAGCAAGAUCGACAAGUGGUUCCUGUACAAGAUCGAGAACAUUGUCAACUGCCACCACGAGCUGAAGGAGAUCGGCAGCCUCUUUGGUAUCAACCCUGAGAUGAUGAUGAAGUCGAAGAAGCUUGGUUUCUCCGACAAGCAGAUCUCACUCCUGGUUGGUGCCUCUGAGGAUGAUGUCCGUGCCCGCCGUAAGUCCUUCGGUAUCACCCCUUGGGUCAAGAAGAUCGAUACCCUGGCUGCCGAGUUCCCUGCCGACACCAACUACCUGUACACCACCUACAACGCCACCUCCCACGACGUGAGCUUCGAUGACAACGGUGUCAUCAUUCUGGGUAGCGGUGUGUACCGUAUCGGUAGCUCUGUCGAAUUCGAUUGGUGUGCCGUGAACGCCACCCUCUCUCUGCGCAACAUGGGCAAGAAGACUGUCAUGAUCAACUACAACCCCGAGACCUACUCUACUGACUUCGAUACCGCUGACAAGCUGUACUUCGAGGAGCUGAGCUACGAGCGUGUCAUGGAUAUUUAUGAGCUCGAGAACUCUAGCGGUGUUGUUGUCUCUGUUGGUGGUCAGCUGCCCCAGAACAUCGCUCUGCGUCUCCAGGAGACUGGCAAUGCCACCAUUCUCGGUACCAACCCCGAGGACAUUGACAAGGCUGAGGACCGUCACAAGUUCUCCCAGAUCCUGGACAGCAUUGGUGUCGACCAGCCCGCUUGGAAGGAGCUUACUUCGGUCUCCGAGGCUGAGCAGUUCGCCGAGUCCGUCGGCUACCCCGUUCUGGUCCGUCCCUCCUACGUCUUGUCCGGUGCCGCCAUGAACGUCAUCUACAGUGUUGAUGAGCUCAAGGAGAAGCUCCUUAACGCCAGUGCCGUCUCCCCCGAUCACCCCGUUGUUAUCACCAAGUUCAUUGAAGGUGCUGAGGAGAUUGACGUUGACGCUGUUGCCUCUAACGGUAAUCUGCUCCUCCACGCCGUCAGUGAGCAUGUUGAGCCCGCUGGUGUCCACUCGGGUGACGCCACCUUGGUUCUUCCUCCCGCCUCCCUGAACGAGUCCAUCAUGGGUCGCGUCAAGGAGAUCGCUGAGAAGGUCGCCAAGGCCUGGAACAUCACCGGUCCCUUCAACAUGCAGAUCAUCAAGGCUGACCAGGAGGAUGCCGAGCCCCAGCUCAAGGUCAUUGAGUGCAACCUGCGUGCUUCCCGCUCUUUCCCCUUCGUCAGCAAGGUUCUGGGUACCAACUUCAUCGACGUCGCUACCAAGGCUCUUGUCGGCCGUGACGUCCCCGAGCCCGUUGACCUCAUGAAGGAGAAGCGCGACUACCUGGCCACCAAGGUGCCCCAGUUCUCCUGGACCCGUCUGGCUGGUGCCGACCCCUUCCUGGGCGUCGAGAUGUCCUCCACUGGUGAGAUUGCUUGCUUCGGUAAGGACCUGGUCGAGGCCUACUGGUCCUCUCUCCAGUCCACCAUGAACUUCCGUAUGCCCGAGCCUGGUGAGGGUAUCCUGCUCGGCGGUGACAUCACCCAGCCUACCCUGGCCGCCAUCGUCGACUAUCUGAAUCCUCUCGGCUACAAGUUCUACGCCGCCAACCCCGAGGUCAAGAACCACAUCGAGAAGACUUGCAAGGACAACGCCUCCGUCCAGGUGAUCGAGUUCCCCAAGAAGGACAAGCGUGCUCUCCGUGAGGUCUUCCAGAAGUACGACAUCCGUGGUGUCUUCAACCUGGCCAAGACCCGUGGCAAGACCCAGCUGGAUGAGGACUACGUGAUGCGCCGUAACGCUGUCGACUUCAGCGUUCCUCUUUUCAUGGAGCCCAAGACUGCCCAGCUUUUCGCUCAGUGCAUGAACGAGAAGCUGCCCCGCCAGGAGGGUAUUCCCUCCGAGGUCCGCAGCUGGUCCAACUUCGUUGGCGGCAAGCUGCUGUAA